CCCGUGCCUUGGACCCUGCCCUGCUUGAUUGGAUCUCUUGGUUUCUGCACCAAACGGUUGUUAGCUGUCUUCUUGCUGCCAAACCUGCUUCUGUGUGUCCUCAUUUGCUGAUUUGUUGAGGAAAAUGUUUAAGAGGCUGGCCAAGCAACUUAUACAAGAGCUGGACUCAGAAAGGAGACUGAUUCCUGUGACUAGCCUGGCACACACUGAUAGUUUCCGGCCCCUCUCUCUGGUGACAAAAGAGCAAUCCAGGUUGCCUUGGCAUACACGGAAGUAUUCCCCAAGCCCUUUCAAGCUGGCAGAUGUACUUGUGGAAGGAGCAACGAUGGAAAUAGAGCUGAAACAUUCUGCACCACUUCUGUUCUCCGCAAACACGUGCCACAAGUCAGGAGCAAGACUGAACCUUAUGAUACAGUCUGCAGAGGUGGAUGUUGGUGGCUUGAGCUUGACUUGUUUGUCUGCCUCUCCAGUAUCUGUGAGGAAAAGCUAUGUGGACAUCAGAGACCUGUGGAGAACGGGGAUGUCCAUCAGCAUUCUCCAGCAACUCUAUCCUAAGCUGCAUUUCUAUGUUGUGACUGAGGCCUUUGAGAUCAUGGAACCACUUCUGAUUGAGGAGACUGCCCAAGCAGGAGGCAAGGGAGAGGUUAAUGCGGCAGAGAUAUUGAAGAUAAAGGGCCUGAACACAAGAGCAAAAAAGAAGUCCAUGCUAAUUCCCCGAGGCACAGUGCUGGCCUAUGCGGUUGAGAAGCUCCAAACCUAUGAGGAAGAGCUGGUUGUGUUCUCCCAGCAGCUUCCAGCAACAUUGGUUUCCUCGCUCACGUAUGAUGCAUUCCAGGAUGAGCUGGGAUCCUCCCUUGCAGGGAUUUCCCAAGACACGGAGAGAACAGAAAAUCAAGAUCUCUGGGGACCAGUGAACAACAUUUGCUCUUCUGUACAAGAUUUGGACUACCUGCUGGAAACAACCUUGGAGAAGAAGAAAAUGGCCCAACAGCUGGAGAUGAUGGAUGGCGUUUUGGAGUGGAUUCUUUUUGUUGAUGAAGGUAGUAAUUUCACUGAUUGUUCCCUGACAAAUGAAGAAGAUGAUCUGACUAAUGAGAUGCUGCAAAUCUGUCGGCUAGGUUUAGAAACUGAGAAAGACUCCAUCACCUGUCUAUGGAACAGUGAAGCACAUUUGGAACUGGCUGCUCUGUACUCCAGCUUGUAUGCCCUGCAGAUCCUAACCAGAUGACUACCAGUUCUAAGAAGAUGACACUUUCCUCUAUUACAAAGAGUUAACUGCACUGUGGGCUAAUUUGUAAAAUCCUGCACAAUGCUCAGUGCUUCCACCCUCUUGAGUCCAUUCAGUUCUGGAUUUGAUCAUGGGAAGUAUGAAGUGGUUUGCACCACAUGGUGGACACAAGGCUGCUUAGGGGAAGUUUGCCAUCCCCAUUACUACCUAGCCUUUGUAGCUUUUCAUCUUCUGCUACAUCUUUGUGAUUUGCAUCCACAUGGCUCAGACAUUGACAUAGAUUCCAAGUUAGGUUCUGAAAUAACCAUAUCUGUAAUUCUUGCAUGGAUAUUGGAAAUAUUUGUUGACAAGACUCUUUCUCUUGGGACUUGUUAGAAGGAACUUUGUUUGUCCAAAGGCCACAUGUAACAUCAAGACAUAUGUGGAAGUUGCUGCUGAUGUUCAGCAGGAAAAUGUGUUCAAAUGUGGAUGGCAUUACUUCACUUCCAGCUGCCCUGGUGUUUUCACAUCCAUUCUCUUACAAUGGCAGUUAACUAAAAUGGGCAAGGACUCAUGAGGAAGGGACAUAGCUCAGUGGUAGAGCAUAUGCUUUGUAAGCAGAAGGUCCCAGGUUCAAUCCCCGGCAUCUCCAGAUAGGGCUGGGAAAGACUCCUGUCUGAAAUGUUGAGGAGCCAUUGCUAGUCAGUGUAGAGUACACUCUCAGUGGGCUGGCUUGUGUAUGGUGAUACCCUGCUGGAAGUGGAAGAAGCCAAUUUCUCAUCUGCAGGUUUCAAAAUUAGGAGUAAAUUCCCUUGAAAUGAAAGACUCAAAUAGUGAAUAUUAAGAAACUGAUAACAGGGCAAGGAUGAUCUUCAAAAGAUCUUGAGGGGAUUUGCUAAUUUGCCUGUUUCUAUUUUUCAUAAACUGACAUAAUUCAUACAUCAUUUACACAAACAGGGAGAUGUUUAUCAAGCCACAUUUGGUGGGUCAUGUUACUCUUAUUCUGUGAUAUGAAGCUGUGAUAUUUACCUUGAGGUAUAUUGUUUUUAUAUUUAAUGAUGGCCUGCCCUGGUCCGUCACGAUGGGCAAUGCUAGGUGGGUGAGGGGAGGAAUAAAUACUCACUGGGGGAGAAGGAGAGUAUAGCUGCUGGUUGGCUGCAACAAGUUUCUGAUACCUGGGCCCCCUUUGUCCAAGGGUGUUCAUGUUGUGACAAGCAAGGAAGACACCCUGGCAGACCCUGUGGAAAAGGCUGAACAGAUUCCACUUCAGGCUCAAAGAAAUAUGCUUGGCAUCUCCAGGACUUGGCACUUUUGAGGAACUGGCAACUGGUUAUAUUAUUGUUGAUAGCUGACUGCAGUGGAAAUGUUUAUCAUGUCUGACUCUUGUUUAUAUAUUUUGAUCAACUGAUGGGUUUUAAUUAUUUAUUAUUUAUUUUAUAAUGAAUUUUAAAUAUAAUGUCCAUAUUAUGAUUUAUUUGUUUGGAUUGUUGUAUUUCAAAAUGAAUUGGCAUUGGACUGUUAUUAUAAUGCUAUAUUAAUGCACAUUCUUACUGUUGUAGUGUGAGCCACUUUGGAUACA